CCCGGGGGCUUCUUUCCGCUUCCGAGUGAGUGCCUGAGUCACUGGCCGGCGCGGCGCCUUUUUCUUCGCCUUCUUCCCAGUCUCUUGCUCCGUCCCUCGCCGCUGCCGCCGCGAUGCCGCUGGAGAACCUGGAGGAGGAGGGCCUGCCCAAGAACCCGGACCUCCGCAUCGCGCAGCUCCGCUUCCUCCUCAGCCUCCAGCCGCAGCGCCCGGACCCGGCCGCCCGGCAGGAGCUCAUGGCCGCCAUCAAAGAGCACGAUAUGGCCCCGUACUAUGAAUCCCUCUGCAAAUCUCUCGACUGGCAGAUAGAUUCCGAUCUCUUAAGCAAGAUGAAGAAAGCAAAUGAGGAUGAGCUUAAGCGGCUUGAUGACGAAUUGGAAGAUGCAGAGAAGAACUUGGGAGAAAGUGAAAUUCGUGAUGCCAUGAUGGCCAAAGCAGAGUACCUCUGUCGGAUUGGGGACAAGGAAGCUGCUCUGACAGCCUUUCGGAAGACAUAUGACAAAACUGUGGCUUUGGGACAUCGGCUGGAUAUUGUGUUCUAUCUUCUCCGAAUUGGCCUGUUUUAUAUGGACAAUGACCUCAUCACACGGAACACAGAAAAAGCCAAAAGUUUAAUAGAGGAAGGAGGAGACUGGGACCGACGGAAUCGCCUCAAGGUCUACCAGGGUCUUUACUGUGUGGCCAUUCGAGACUUCAAGCAGGCAGCCGAGCUCUUCCUGGACACAGUUUCUACAUUUACAUCCUACGAAUUGAUGGAUUACAAAACCUUUGUAACAUACACAGUCUAUGUCAGUAUGAUUGCAUUAGACAGGCCUGACCUUAGGGAGAAGGUAAUCAAAGGGGCAGAGAUCCUAGAAGUGUUGCACAGUUUACCCAAAGUGCGGCAGUAUCUUUUUUCACUCUAUGAAUGCCGCUAUUCAGUUUUCUUCCAGUCACUGGCCACUGUAGAGCAAGAGAUGAAGAAAGACUGGCUGUUUGCCCCUCACUAUCGCUAUUAUGUUCGAGAAAUGAGAAUCCAUGCCUACAGCCAACUCCUAGAAUCCUAUAGGUCACUUACACUCGGUUAUAUGGCAGAUGCUUUCGGAGUCUGUGUAGAGUUUAUAGAUCAGGAACUUUCAAGAUUUAUUGCUGCUGGGAGAUUACACUGCAAAAUAGACAAAGUCAAUGAAAUAGUAGAAACCAACAGGCCUGACAGCAAGAACUGGCAGUACCAAGAAACAAUAAAAAAGGGAGAUUUGCUGCUAAACAGAGUGCAGAAGCUUUCUAGAGUAAUUAAUAUGUAACUUUUUUAUAAAAAAGAAGAAGAAAGAGGAAUGCAUACAAGAACCACUUUGGAAUAAUUAUUGUUAUAUAACCUGUUAUGCUGUAGUUAAGGAAAUGGCAGCCAUGGUGUAGGUAGGAAUUUUACAGGCUAUUUCACUGUGUAAACAACAGAACUGUAUAAAUGUUCCGUUCGUGUUUUCAGAUCAACUUCAUUUAUUAAAUGUAUAAUACAA